GUUACAAUGUUGCUUUUCUCGUACUAUGAUCCAAUCCAUCCCCCUCCUAUAUAAAUUUAAGCACUUGAGCGGGCAUCUGUUUCAUUACAUUCUUGAUUCUUCUUCCCCUUCAUCGACCGCUUUAAUCAUAGAUAAAUACCCACAAUCAAGAAUUCUGCUUUCGGCCUUGCUUUACCCAUAACCCAUUUUCCAGAAGCAAAAAGGCCUUUCCUUUUUAAAUUUUCCGUAGUACAUAUAGCGUGUGAAAAAGGAAGAAUUUUAUUUGCAGCCGAUUUGAUUUUUCAAGAAUCUCGUAGAAGUCUUCUUUGAUCAGUCUUUGGAAUAUUCUUACUUUUCUUUCUUGUAUUAAUGGCCUCUGCCCUUUUUUUCCCGUCCUAUAUCGCGUUUCGGUUUCUCCAUCGUUCCUUUUUGUCCUUUUUUCGCACGCACUUGUUGAUCUGAUUUGUUUUUUUCCCCCUUUUGUGUUAUUUUAUUAUUUGUUUUGUUUUUCUUUUUUGGUUUAAUAAGAAUAUUGUGUGAAGAUGAAUGUUGCAAAGUCACAAGUAUGGCAACCCUGUAAGAAGAAGAGGCUUUAGUAUAGAAUUAUUGAAGAAUAUUUGUUUUUUUCUUUUUGGAAAAAGAGGUCAAGAUGGAUGGGAUUUGUAUUGAGUUGAUCAGAGCAUAAGGUUCAACCACUAAAAGCCUCAAACAAAUACUAUAUUCAAUUCUGUGCCCAUAAAUAUAAAUAUAUAGAGAGAAGAGGUAUAGGGGGUGUAGAGAAUUGAGAUGGCUACCAGAUCAAGUGGUGGGGGUGGGAAAACAAGAGUGGGAAGGUAUGAAUUGGGAAGGACUUUGGGAGAGGGGUCUUUUGCAAAAGUGAAGUUUGCCAGGAAUGUGGAAACUGGGGAGAAUGUGGCAAUCAAGAUUCUUGAUAAGGAGAAGGUUCUCAAACACAAGAUGAUUGGUCAGAUUAAACGUGAAAUCGCAACCAUGAAAUUGAUAAGGCAUCCUAAUGUCAUCCGCCUGUAUGAGGUAAUGGCUAGCAAGACAAAGAUAUAUAUUGUUAUGGAAUUUGUUACCGGUGGCGAACUGUUUGACAAAAUUGCUAGUAAAGGAAGGCUGAAAGAAGACGAAGCAAGAAAAUAUUUCCAGCAGCUAAUCAAUGCAGUAGACUACUGUCACAGUAGAGGUGUGUGCCACAGAGACCUCAAGCCUGAGAAUUUGCUGCUGGAUGCCAGUGGUGUUCUCAAAGUCUCAGAUUUUGGAUUGAGUGCUCUUCCUCAGCAAGUUCGGGAAGAUGGGCUACUGCACACAAAAUGUGGGACGCCAAACUAUGUUGCUCCUGAGGUGAUCAACAAUAAAGGCUAUGAUGGAGUGAAGGCAGAUCUUUGGUCCUGUGGUGUGAUCCUUUAUGUAUUCAUGGCUGGUUAUUUACCUUUUGAAGAAUCUAAUCUUAUGGCAUUAUAUAAAAAGAUAUUGAAGGCUGAUUUUACAUGUCCACCAUGGUUCUCCACAAGCGCAAAGAAACUAAUUAAAAAAAUCCUGGACCCCAAUCCUCAGACGCGUAUGACAUUUGCUGAGGUCAUUGUGAAUGAUUGGUUCAAGAAAGGCUAUAAGCCGCCAGUUUUUGAGCAGGAAAAUGUUAAUCUUGAUGAUGUCAAUGCGAUCUUUAAUGAAUCAGCGGACUCUUCAAAUCUUGUUGUCGAGAGACGGUUAGAACAGACUCCUGCACCACUGUCUAUGAAUGCCUUUGAACUAAUUUCUAAAUCUCAGGGCCUCAAUCUUAGCACUCUUUUCGAAAAGCAAAUGGGGCUUGUUAAAAAAGAAACUAGAUUUACAUCCAAACGUCCUGCCAGCGAGAUAAUCUCGAAAAUCGAAGAAACCGUUGCACCGUUGGGAUUCAAUGUGAGGAAAAAUAACUAUAAGUUAAAGCUUGCUGGGGAAAAGACUGGUCGCAAGGGUAAUUUGUCCGUUGCAACAGAGAUUUUUGAGGUCGCCCCUUCGCUUUACAUGGUAGAGCUUCGAAAAGCCGAAGGAGAUACCUUAGAAUUUCACCAGUUCUACAAGAACCUAUCAGUUGGGUUGAAGGAUAUUGUUUGGAAAACUGACCAGGAAGUGAGAGCAGAACUCGAAGCUGGUAAAGGCACCGUGUCAGCCAGAACAGGCGCAGGUAAACGCGCCGUGUCAGCGUAGUUCUGGCUGGAUUGCGCCGUGUCAGCGUAGUUCUGGCUGGAUUUUCGUGUUCUCGGCUCGGGGAAAGCUUCAGCAACAUGUACAUUAUUAUUUGCCCUGUUAAACUCAUACUACAGAUGAAAUGGUUUGGAACAAACUAUGGCCACUUCUGCUGUGUAUAAUGACUGACUGAAUCUUCAUUUUUAUAAUAAUCAUCCGCAAACUCUGUAGAGUAAUUCUUAUGUUAUUCUUCAUUUUAUUUUCAUAUUUCCGAGGAAAAUGAAAAUUUUCUCUAGAUAGUAAAUGCAUGACAUGUUAAACAGUUGAUCUUAUGUAGGCCUCUAAAGAAGAAUGUUUUCUUA